UUAUGCUUAAAAAAUUGUGAGUGUUGGAAAUGAAUAUUCAAGAAAAGCAAACAACCUUAAAUACAGAUAUAUGAAGAGCAUUAAAUUUUAUUAUCGAAUGAGAGUAAAAAUAAAGUCAAGGAAGUGCACACUUUAGCGUGUAAUGUUAUGACUUUUCUCUAAAAAUGUAACAAUCGUAAAAAUCUGAGAGUAAAAAUGCUACAGUCGAGUUUGUAUAGUUUUUUCGCACUACAUAUUUAAUGGAUACGAUUGAAAUGAGUUAAACCAACCAACAUGGAAUGUGCUAGAGUCUGCAGAGUUUGUGGCAGUUCAUCUCCAGUGGAGGAAGCAACGGAAGAUUUCAGUAAUGUUGCCGGCAUAUAUCAUACGUUGACCUCUUCACGGGGGAAAGAUUUGGAUCUACCGGACAUUAUCUGUCGGUGCUGUUAUGCCAAAUUGGUUGAAAUCGAGAGGUUUCGAAUCCUGUGCUUGGAAGCUUUAGAACGGUUACGAGAAACGGUUCAGUUGAUUGUAAGCGAGGAAAGGGACAUUAAGCAGGAGGAGAAAGCGGAAGUUGAGUUCUUAGAAUUACAGCCCGGGGAAGAGAUAGGUUUUGUUCCUGAGCCGUUACCUGUCAAGGUAGAAACGACCGAUGGGGACAGUUUGUUGGACACUGAAUGUUUGUCCGAAUGUGAAACAGAGAAGAUUGAUGACUCGAGCACGGAUGAAUCUGAAGCAGAUCGUAAAGGCCAAUCAGUUAGGUUGAGGAAACAGAAGCGGAAGCAGAAGGAGAUUACGAACGUAGCCACUAGGAAAACUAAAAUUGAGUGCGAUCAGUGUGACAAAUUUUUCUGGAAGCAGAAACGGUACGAGGGUCACCUGCGGGCACACGAAGGACUGAAACCAGCCGUGUGCGAAAUUUGCGAUAAAUCUUUUUCCAAGUGGACCUACCUAAAGCAACAUCGGCAAACGGUACAUGCCCCAGUCGAAGCUAAAGAACGCAUUCCAUGUGAAGUUCCCGGGUGUGAGAAGACGUUUGCGAUGAAGCAUCACCUUAAGUUCCAUUUGACUAAGAAACACACGGGCAGCGGUCUGAACCCGAAGUGGCGACACAUGUGUGAGCAGUGUGGUAAAACGUUCACUACGGUUGCCAAUUUACGGAUUCACAAAUAUUCUCAUGGUGGUAAAAUGCCAUUCGCGUGUAAUCUAUGCGGUAGACGUAUGGAAAGUAACUUUAAGCUGAAGAUUCACAUGAUGCGACAUAAAGGAAUCAAGGAACACUCAUGUCCGAUUUGUGGUAUGAAAAAAACCACAAUCACGGAGCUCAAGACACACAUGAAUACUCACACCCGAGAGAAAAAGUACCCUUGUGAAACCUGUGGCAUGGUAUUUUAUAGUAUAGGUAACAAACAACGGCACGUACGAAUCGUCCACCAGGGGGUAAAAGCGUACUCUUGCACGUUUUGUGAGCAAUCAUUCGGAAAGGCCGAGACUCUGAAGCACCAUGUAAUGACCCACACCGGUGAGAAACCGCAUGUGUGUGAUUUGUGCGGUAAACGCUUUAUUCAACCAACGGCUUUGCAGACCCACAAAAGAACUCAUUUCAAGAAUCUUGGCAACGUGUCGCAAUCUUCAUAGACGGAGAUACAUUUAAUUUACAAAGGUAAAUUGA